GCCAAAUUAAUAUUAUUUUUAUGUCAUGUCGAAUUGUAAAACCCAAAACUACAAAUUUCUCGAAGAGUUUUAAGCUCACUCGUCGACUGAAGUCAAGAUAUGAAAUGCAGUUCGUUAAAUAUUAUGAAUUAAACCAGAAUCUUAAUCGAUUUGAUUGCGGAACAAUUUGCGAUUGACAAAAUUGCAAAUAGUUCGUGAAACGAAAAAACAUCAGCAAUGUGGAUCAUUUGUAUACUAAUUGGACUUUUCCAACUUAUAAUUCUGUUGAUGUUGUCUGGUAUUCUAUUUUCCGUUGCUGCUGUUUCGCGUUUGAUGGAAAUAACGAUUAUCCUAAUAUAUCCUACAGCCAUAUUUUUAUUACGGCAAGCUGCCAAUUUGAUUAUUCUUCUAACAAUCCUGAUGGCAAGAAUGACAUCUUCGGCAUUUCACAAACUAUGCACUCUUGUUAAAUGCGAUCAGCAGCAGGAAACGACUCUUCAACAAGAACCUUUUACUCAGCUUCAGCUCGACAUGCAAACUCCUUUCGUGCCAUAUAAAAGUAGCAUUCUUGAAGAAAUACCGCAAGAUAUUUGGCCCUUAAAAGAUGAAUUUUCUGCUAUAUUAUCAGCAGACAAGGGUAUAAUUGAACCUGCACAAAAUCAAUCACAGGGUAAUAGCUUGAUGAAAAAAUCAAUUGCACUUAAUUUGGAUGUUGUUUGCUCCUAUAACAAUAUGCACCAUCGCCAUAGUAUUAAUAUGUCCAGCAACAAGCAAAUGGUAUUUUCAGCAAUUGGGAAUGAAUUUAGAACAAAUAGUGAAUAA